GCGACCUUGGCUUUCUGCUUCCUCCUCCAAUUUCCGAAACAUUUGCCGACGCCACGGUUCAAAUCGUUCAUGCAGUAAUGGCUGCAUCAUUGGAGAUUACAACAUCUGAGUUCUUACAAGGCUCAAGAAAUCGCAACUUUUUCUUGCCAAAACCUUUACCAAAGAGCAGAAGUUCCCAUUUGCUCUUUGGUUUAUCUAAACACAAAAGAAACAAUUUGGUGAGAAUAUGCAACCAAGGUGUUCGACGAAAUUCCUCUAAGAAAGUCAGGGCUGUUGCAUCGGUAGAUGUACAAGAUUUGGGCAGUGUCGACAAGUUAGGAACCGAAAAAGUGAUUCACUUCUUUAGAACUCCUCUAAUUCAAGAUACAGCAAACGAAGAGUUGCUGAAGUCGAUUCAGACCAAGAUCUCGAAUCAAAUUGUGGGUCUGAAAACAGAACAGUGUUUCAACAUUGGGGUCGAUGGGAGUUUGUCAUCUGAGAAGCUUUCAGUACUUCAAUGGCUUCUAAGAGAGACCUAUGAGCCAGAUAAUUUAGGUAAUGAAAGCUUUUUCUCUGCAGAGAAAAAAGAAGGGCUCAACAGUGUGGUAGUUGAAGUCGGACCAAGGCUGUCUUUCACCACAGCAUGGUCUGCAAAUGCUGUUUCUAUAUGCCAAGCUUGUGGACUUUCAGAAGUCAGUAGAUUGGAAAGAUCAAGGCGAUAUAUUUUAUAUGUUAAAGCAGGAAGUGUUCUUCUAGAAAGUCAAAUCGAAGAGUUUGCAGCAAUGGUGCAUGAUAGAAUGACUGAAUGCGUGUAUCCCAAAAAACUCAUUUCCUUCAAAACAAGUCUAGUUCCUGAAGAAGUUUAUACUAUUCCUGUUAUGGAAAAGGGGAGAAAAGCAUUGGAAGAGAUAAACCAACAAAUGGGGUUGGCUUUUGAUGAACAAGAUCUACAAUACUACACUAAACUUUUCAAAGAUGAUAUUAAACGGGACCCGACAAACGUUGAGCUUUUUGACAUUGCACAAUCAAACAGUGAACACAGUCGCCACUGGUUCUUCACAGGAAAGAUUGUAGUAGAUGGUCAACCCAUGGAUCGAACUCUAAUGCAGAUUGUAAAGAACACUUUAAAGGCGAAUCCCAACAAUUCUGUGAUUGGAUUCAAGGAUAAUUCAAGUGCAAUCAAAGGGUUUUUAGCAAACCAGUUGCAACCCACAAAACCAGGAUCCACAUCUCCAUUAAACCUUUCUACACGCGAUCUUGACAUUCUGUUCACAGCUGAAACCCAUAAUUUCCCGUGUGCAGUUGCACCAUACCCCGGUGCGGAAACCGGUGCAGGAGGGCGAAUUAGGGAUACACACGCAACAGGAAGAGGGUCAUUUGUUGUUGCAUCCACAGCUGGCUAUUGUGUUGGGAAUUUAAACAUUGAAGGUUCAUAUGCUCCAUGGGAAGACACAUCAUUUGAAUAUCCAUCCAACCUGGCUUCACCUCUACAGAUUCUUAUAGAUGCCAGCAAUGGAGCAUCUGAUUAUGGGAACAAAUUCGGGGAGCCUUUGAUUCAAGGGUACACGAGAACCUUCGGAAUGAGACUCCCAAGUGGGGAAAGGCGGGAAUGGCUGAAGCCGAUCAUGUUCAGCGCCGGAAUCGGACAAAUCGAUCACACCCACAUCACAAAAGGCGAACCCGACAUCGGAAUGCUGGUUGUGAAAAUCGGUGGGCCCGCUUACCGGAUUGGAAUGGGAGGUGGUGCAGCAUCGAGCAUGGUGAGUGGACAGAACGAUGCUGAGCUGGACUUUAACGCGGUCCAGCGUGGCGAUGCUGAGAUGGCGCAGAAACUUUACCGGGUUGUUCGCGCGUGUAUCGAAAUGGGUGAAGAUAAUCCGAUUGUAAGCAUACACGAUCAAGGAGCAGGUGGGAAUUGUAAUGUAGUUAAAGAAAUCAUCUACCCAGAAGGUGCAACAAUCGAUAUUAGAGCUGUUGUAGUUGGGGACCACACCAUGUCUGUUUUGGAAAUAUGGGGAGCUGAAUAUCAAGAACAGGAUGCGAUUUUAGUAAACCCUAAAAGCCGUGAACUUUUGGAAUCUUUAUGUAAAAGAGAACGCGUGUCAAUGGCUGUAAUCGGGAGUAUAAAUGGCGAAGGGUAUAUUCGUCUAAUCGACAGUCACGCGAUUGAAAAAAGCAAGUCAAACGGUCUUCCACCACCUUUGCCAGCUGUCGAUCUCGAACUUGAAAAAGUCCUCGGAGACAUGCCACAAAAGACGUUUGAAUUUCACCGAGUGAAAGAUCUACGUGAGCCUCUCGAAAUAGCUCCCGGGAUUACAUUAAUGGAUUCUUUGAAACGCGUGUUACGCCUUCCAUCAAUCUGUUCGAAGCGAUUCUUGACAACGAAAGUGGACCGAUGUGUAACGGGCCUCGUGGCCCAGCAGCAAACGGUGGGCCCGUUGCAGAUCACACUCGCUGACGUGGCGGUGAUCGCGCAAACGUAUACAGAUUACACAGGUGGCGCGUGUGCGAUUGGGGAGCAGCCGGUGAAAGGGUUGUUGGAUGCAAAGGCAAUGGCGCGUUUGGCUGUGGGUGAAGCGCUUACGAAUCUUGUUUGGGCGAAGAUUACGGGAUUGAGUGAUGUGAAGGCGAGUGGGAAUUGGAUGUAUGCUGCUAAACUUGAUGGGGAAGGAGCUGCAAUGUAUGAUGCUGCUGUUGCUUUGGAGGAGGCUAUGAUUGAGCUUGGGAUUGCCAUUGAUGGUGGGAAAGAUAGUCUUUCAAUGGCAGCUCAUUCAAAUGGUGAAGUCGUGAAAGCUCCUGGGAAUCUUGUGAUUAGUGCUUAUGCUACGUGUCCUGAUAUUACAAAGACUGUGACUCCUGAUUUGAAGCUUAAAGAUGAAGGUGUUCUUGUUCAUAUUGAUUUGGCAAAAGGGAAAAGAAGAUUAGGUGGAUCUGCUCUUGCUCAGGUGUUUGACCAAAUUGGGGAUGAAUGUCCUGAUCUUGAUGAUGUUCCUUACCUGAAAACCGUGUUUGAGGUGGUUCAAGAGCUUAUCUCCGGCGAUCUGAUCUCCUCCGGGCAUGAUGUUAGUGAUGGUGGCCUUAUCAUCACCGCCCUGGAGAUGGCUUUCGCCGGAAACUGUGGUGUUCAGAUCAAUCUAAAUUCAAAUGGAAAAAGCAUCUUUGAAACCCUAUUCUCAGAAGAACUCGGUCUCAUCCUCGAAAUCAGCAAAUCAAAUCUCGAUAAUGUCACAAAAAUUCUCCAAAACCGUGGCGUUAAUGGAGAGAUCAUAGGAGAAGUAACUUCCGAUCCAAAAAUUAGGUUAAAAAUCGAUGGGUUGACCCAUUUGGAUGAAAAAACCGUGGACCUUCGUGACAUUUGGGAAGAAACGAGCUUCCACCUCGAAAAAUACCAAAGACUGGCAGCUUCGGUGGCGGCGGAAAAGGAUGGGUUAAAACACCGCCACGAACCCGCCUGGCGGUUGUCAUUUACUCCGGCAAACACCGAUCAGAAAUACAUGACGGCGGCGGUGAAACCGAAAGUGGCGGUGAUUCGGGAGGAGGGCAGCAACGGUGACCGUGAAAUGUCCGCCGCAUUCUUCGCUUCCGGGUUCGAACCGUGGGAUGUGACAAUGUCGGAUCUUUUAAACGGGUUGAUUUCAUUGGAUGAUUUUAAAGGGAUUGUUUUCGUGGGCGGGUUUAGUUACGCGGAUGUUCUAGAUUCCGCCAAAGGGUGGGCCGGGUCGAUCCGGUUCAACCCGUCUGUUUUGAAACAGUUUCAGGAUUUUUACAAUCGGAAAGAUACUUUUAGCCUUGGGGUAUGCAACGGGUGCCAGCUCAUGGCUUUGUUGGGGUGGGUCCCGGGACCCGGGGUGGCGACGGGCGACCCGGUGCAACCGCGGUUCGUGCAUAACGAGUCGGGUCGGUUCGAGUGUCGGUUCGCGAGUGUGAUGAUUAAGGAGUCUCCGGCGAUCAUGUUGAAGGGGAUGGCGGGGAGUACGGUGGGGGUAUGGGCGGCUCAUGGUGAAGGGAAGGCGUAUUUUCCUGAGAAGGGUGUUUUUGACCGGAUUUUGGAGGCGGAUUUGGCUCCGGUGAGGUAUUGUGAUGAUGAUGGGGAGCUGACGGAGGAGUAUCCGUUUAAUUUGAAUGGGUCUCCGGUGGGUGUGGCGGCGAUUUGUUCGCCGGAUGGGCGGCACUUGGCGAUGAUGCCACAUCCUGAGCGGUGUUUUCUGAUGUGGCAGUUCCCGUGGUACCCCAAGGAGUGGGAUGUGGAGAAGAAAGGACCGAGUCCGUGGUUGAAGAUGUUCCAGAAUGCUAGAGAAUGGUGUUCUCGAGAGGAGUAAAUUUGUAUUUUUUUUUUUUUUUUA